CGCGACGCGACUUGUUCGCGGCCUCCAUUGACGUCGUCAAGUGCUCGCCGCCAUGAACUCGUAUCCCCCAGAACUGCUCGCGCAGCUGGCGCCAGUGAUGUUCGUCGCUGGACUGGACGCACCUAACAAGACCGAGCCCUCGACACCAUCCCCCGAUCCCCAAGCUCAACCCCCAGAAACACCGCCUCCCUCGACUCCUUCCAAACCCUCCGAUCCCUUCACUGUACUCAUCCUUCGCCUACGAGAAGCGCUUGGCGUACAGCGCAAGGUCGCCAUAUAUCAGCCUCCUGCAGAAUCCACUGCGCGCAAGCCCAUCCCGCAGUUCCAGAUCCAGCUCGUCUCGCGGGAUGUGCACUUCCCCCCGCGCAAGCUCGUACGGCCAGAGGACCCGUCAUACGCCAAUGCACACUCACCACUAAGUCCGCUCACACCGUCCUCCCCACUGUAUCCCGACGGCCUGAUCGCGCCAAUAUGGAUUCGCAAGCAUACGCAGCUCGUACCGUCCGUGUUUGUACUAUUCAUGAGGCUAUACGAACAUCCAUCGACCCAGCCGCAGUCCCCACUCGACCUGGCACAUGUACACGAGACGGAGCGCGAGAGGCAUGAGGAGGAGCGCAAGUUCGACGCGGAUCUGUCGACCGACAUUGCGUUGAGAAAGAAGAGCACGAAUGAGCGGGGGAUCAAGCUUACCGUGGUCCUCCUGGCGAGCAGGAGGAUGCUCGACGACCCGACACUGGACAGCCGCUUGACCUUCAUACGGCGAAGCAGCGGGUUGGACAGCAGGGCUGCCCUCUUCGUGCUGAGCCCCGUCAGUCCUGCCGAGCUGCAGGACUUCGUUCGCAGUCUGCAACAGGCCCUGUACGAACCCGCCAUUGAAUACUACACCAACCACUCCAAGCGCGUCCGCCGCAAGCGCAACCGUCACGCCUCUCAAGCACCCAUACCCAUCAGCCCUCUCGCAACCAGCACGCAUAUCGUCCGGCCUUUGCGCCCCGAGGGUUGGACGGUGCGAUAUGAGUACAAGAUGGCAUGCUUCGCAGAGUUUCGGGGUGAGGGCGAGGUCGCGCUAAAGCACUACCAGGACGCAUACUCGACGCUCAUCAUCAUGUUCGGCUCGCCGCUUAUCCUGCCGCCGCGCACGAAGAGGUGGGCAGAAGCGAAGGUGCUUGCAGACUGCAUCAAUGUCAAGAUCGUCAAGCUAUACCUGUACAACAACGAGCACUCCCUUGCCCUCUCCCAUCACACUAGCCACAUCCGCCAGUUCGGCGAUUUCUCGCGCGGCUGGGGCAUCGGCGAGGACACCUUCGAAUACUGGUCAUGGAUAGCGCGACAGCAUCGCAUAUUCGCCGAGCUUCUCGAGCACGGCACGCGCGCUAACCUACGCAUCCCCGUCCACCGACCGUCCUUCCCGCUGCAGCAGCCGGCAGGCAUGGAGCCCAUGGUGCGCGCGCUAGGAGUGAACCCGAGCAGCGCGCUACAGCACCCGGGGUUCUACUACUAUGUUGCGGCGCAUUGUACGGAGAUGCGAAGGGCGCGAUUCAUGGAUGCGCUGGGUGCGAUGAGUCCGGCGUCGGCGAACUCGCCGGGCUUUGCGAAUGAGAGGAAGGUUGAGCAUUUGGUCAUCAUCUUGGAGCUCUACACCAAGGCCUACGAGCUCUUCAAGAAGUAUACCCCAUCAUCCGCUUCGCAGCCCGGCCGCCAAACCCUCUACAUCGCCUACAAGAUCGCGCAGACGUACCAAACCUCGGGCAAGUUCGACAUGGCCGUGCGCUUCUUCGAGCGCAUCGCGAAGACCUACCGGCGCGAGCAGUGGGGCGAGAUGCUCCGGCCCCUACUGGCGACGUGGUACGAGUGCGCGAAGCUGUUGGGCGAUAUGGAGAUGAGCGUGCGGCUGGUAGUGGAGAUGCUGGGGCAUGGACUGCAGGGCGAGGAGGAUGAAGCACUGGAAGACAUUUUGCUGGCGGUCCUGCAAAGCACCGUGCCUUCGUCGACGGAGCCUGUGGUCAUCGAUGCGGCGGACGCCGAGCCUUUAUUGAAACCUACGUUGGUCUUCUGGCCCUCAGAAGUCAAAGUCGGCGAGCCAGCUGCCUUCCAGAUUGCUCUUACUGCACCUGCGACUGCAUCAAUCGCCGCCCUGCCGUUCACGACCUUACAGAUCUUCUUCUCGCCAGAUCCUGCAGAUCCUCCUCUUACUAUUCGUCAUGCGGACGAUGCCGCGCCAUCGAAACUCGUCGAGCUUGGGAACCUGGUCCCGGGGCAAGAGCGCGAGCUGAAGGCAAACCUGCGGUGGUCGACUGGGGCGACGAUAGUGUUCGCGGGCACGAUGCAAUCGGAGACGCCGACCACGUUGACGAUCCCGAAGCUCGCACUGACAAUCACAGAGGGCAACUGGACUAUACAGCUUCCCCUUGACCUUCCGCUGAAGACAGGCUCGUCCGCACAAGCGAAGUGGCUUUGUUCCAUCGAUCCUGUGCGAUACCUACCUGUGGACAGGGACAAUGCACAUUCUGUUGCCGUGCGCCACCGUCCAUACAGCGUGUCAGUCAAGAUCGAGCAGCAUGCCCCUGCAUACAUCGGCGAGGACUAUCCUAUCCUGAUCGACAUCACGAACACGGACGAUCGGUCUUUGGAGGUCACGCUCGACGUGCUGCUGCAGCCGACGGAGGUGGACGAUGCAGUUAACACGGUUACUAUCGACGACCAGCAGUCGACGAGCUUGGUCAAGGGGAUCGUUUGUGGUACCCUCGUCCCGGGUGCGAGCAUCGUGAAGACGUUGCACCUGCACAGCACUGGCGCGGGCGGCGAUCGCGUCCUCGAUAUCUCGACGCAAUGUAGGGAGGUCCUGUCUACCGACGAUGUAGAUACCCAGGACGAACAGACGGAAGCCAGUGACAACCGCCACUCGACAGAGGUACUGCAUACCCUCGCCGUGCUGACCGUCGAAGCUAUCCGCGCUUCAUGGGACGUCUCCUACGAGCGUGCACCGACAAGCGUUCCGCGACCGGGCAUUGCAGACCUGAGCACCUUCGACAGCGAUUUCUGGGAUGAUAGUCUAGGUGGGGAGGCGGUGGUGCAGCUCGUGCUGGAGUGUGCGGGUCCAUGGAACCUAGAGAUUCUGGGAAUGGAGUUGGUCAGGGAGAACAAUCCGCAGGCAAAAAUCGUGGAGGCCUCAACGGACGUGGUCGACGAGGGCAUGUUCCCCGGUGAAUACCUUGCCGGCGACGAGAUCAGUGACUUGUGCCGUGUCAGCCUUGCGCCGUCAGACAAGUAUUACGUCGAGGGUCUCCCCGUCCCAGGACCAGGGCACUACGAGGUCAAAUGGCGACGAAUCGCCUCAAACGGCGACCGAGGUCCCGAGUCCACGGCGAUCUUCCCCCUCCCCGCCCUGCGCCCGCCCACGGACGGCCUCAUCGCGCUCCUCGACGCACCCGCGGUUGCCCAGCUGCACCAGCCCGCGCUGAUGACACUGGUCGUGCGCAACAACCACCCCACGCGCGCGGCCAAUGUGCACGUCGCCCUCGAGCCAGACCCGGCGGACGCGUUCGUCGUCGCGGGCGUGCGCGCGGCGAGGCUGCCCGUGUUGCUGCCGGGCGGCGAGGAGCGCGUGCGCUGGCGGGUGAUCCCGAUUGCGUGCGGGCUGGUGCGCGCGCCGAGGGUGCGGGUGGUGGAUCGGAGGAGGGCGGUGGGGGUGACGCAGGAUGGUGGCGAGGUCGCGGAAGAGGGUGAGCCGGUGAGGGUGGUGGACGUACGGUUCGGGGGGAGGGCGGAGGAAGUAGGGGAGAAGGUAGUGGUGGCGGAGGAUCUCGAGGAUCAUUGGCCGACGGUGAGGGUGGCGCCGUAGGUCCCCCUUCUGACUGCGGGUCCGAAGGGAUAUUCGAAAAUUGUCUUCCAUCUUUCGUCUGGACUGCGAGGACCUCCUCCCGCACGACUUUUGCGGGUGUGCGCAGAUCCCCAAUGGCAGACUCCGGUAAACUUGAACCAUUCACGUGCGAUACACGUGACUUGAGUUCAUAUUGUGACUGUCACAGCAUUGUUUGGGCCCGUCCGGACAGCUUCGUCUAGCUCCUGCAUGGGACGAAGACUGGAGGACAGCCCUUACUUUCAUCAAGUCUGCACCGACCAAAUUGCCAGUUCUUCUAUCUCACUCGAAUUGACGGAUGCAGAUUCGACAUGACUGCCCAGCGUGUAUCACCUUAUCGCGGCUGGUAGGGAAGCUGGCUACUGCA